ACUGCAUUGCUUUUACACAAUAUCCUCAGUAUAGCUGCAGCACAACUGGAUCCAGCAUGAAUGCCAUCCACAAGUUCUAUGCUGACAGAGCUGAGGAAACCAAGAUGAAAUGGAGUGUCAUAGACCGUUGGUGCACAAAUCAAUUUUUAGUUAAGUGUUUUGCGGAAAAUAUACAAAAGGAGUUGGACCAGUUCCCUGAGGAGAAACGGAAGGAUGUUUUUGUGCUUUUUUCAGCACAUUCGCUGCCUUUAAAGCAAGUAGGUCGCGGGGGACCCUUUUAUUUUCUGCUGAAGUAGGAGCUACGGGUGCAGUUGGUAAUGCAAGAAUUAGGAUUCAGCAAUCCAUAUCGUUUAGUGUGGCAGAGCAAAGUCGGACCACUUCCCUGGCUCUCUCCAGCAACGGAUGAUUGCAUUAAAGGUCUCGUAGAACGAGGAAGAAAAAACAUUAUUUUGGUGCCCAUAGCAUUCACGAGCGACCACAUCGAAACACUUCAUGAACUCGACAUUGAAUAUGCCGAGGAAGUUGGAGAAAAGGUUGGAGCAGAAUGCAUUCGCCGUUGUGCAUCACCCAAUGACCAUCCACUCUUCAUUGAUGCGUUAGUUGACGUCGUAAGCCAGCACCUCAGAAAGGGCCAUCGUUGCUCAGAACAGUUCCUUCAUAAUUGCCCUCUCUGUAUCAACCCAUCCUGUUAUGCCUCCAAGAAGUGGUUCAGAUAUGCAACAAAAAAAUUCUAAUAACUUCCAUUCAGUCGGAAGGCAGGACGAACAAAAUAAGGUUCAAGACUUGGAAAAUAAAAAAAAACAUUUAGUUCCACAGAUGGGGAUAGGGCAGGGUGCACAUUUGCUUGCAGUCGUUUAUAAGGUUUCUUUUAUAACCUUGGUUAAAUCACAAUCAGCAACAUUACAACUCGCAGAAUAUUCUGAAGAAUCAUGUCUAUGUAUCUAGGGUUAGAUUGUGUCUUGAGAUAAAGAAAAUGACUGUUGAGAAACAAAUAUAUGAAUAUAUGUCCUACAUUCUUCUUAGUAUAAACGAGUUAGAUGGAAAUUUUUUGUAAAUUCCUACGCUAUGUUAAAAUAUGGGAAUGCAUUAUGUAUAUAUUUGUUGUUACUUGAUGGAUAUCCAAAUUUUUAGAUAUGAGAAAUAACCCGUAAAAUCCAAGGUGCUAAUUAAGAUUACUGUUGCUAGUGUUCUGCAAUUUUUAAUUCGCAUUAUUCAUGUCAGACUUUUACACUUGUGAUGAGAUCAUUUACUUUCAAAUUGCUCAGAAAUAUUAUGGUGAUAUAUAUGUUGAAAAUGAGUUAAGAUAGUAGGGAAUGUUAGAGAAGAAGUACUAAACAGCAAAAGAGGUUCGUCCAAGAUGCAUUGGAAUGUACAAAGUUGUCUUCCCCAAUCUGUCUUUUCCUUUAGCCCACAAAGUUUGAAGGACCAGAAACCCCAAGCACCAUAUACCAUAGAUGCUAAGUGGUGACUGUGAUUCUACCAGAAUUUAUUGGAAAUGGAACAUUUUGCCAAAAUAUCAACCAUCACAGAUUUUGAUGUGAAAUUAUAGCUAAAGUAGUAGUUUGAUCUACCUUCACAGUCAAAUGUAGAUCAGAUGUUAGACUUCAAAAGAUAUCUCUAACAUCUGACAUUUUUAAUUAUUGUCUCUUCCCACUGUUUCUCUCCCCAGGUAUUCAUUCUGAUCUGAGAAUAACAUAACCCGUGUGAAAGGAUGUGUGAAGGUUAAAGUGGUUUCCAGUGCGUAACAGCUCCCUUCAUCUUUUAUCACCAUAUUUCUUGCUCUCUGAUGCUAAAAGCAAAUGAUUAUAAAAGCAAUAUUCUUCCUCUCCCAUUGUGACUGAUAUACAUAAAAAGUAAGUUGGGAAAUUUCAAUUGAGGGUUUUCUAUGAGUUUCUCUAUGCUGUAAUUUCUUGGGCUAAGUAAAUAUAUUUGGGUCUUUGAAACUAUUGAAUGUAAUGUAAGGUUAAGUCAUUUCUGAAGUACUUAAGUAAUAGGCCUGGAAGUAUUGCCCAGGCUUUUUGUUUAAUAUUAGCCAAUGUACAUUGCUGUUUUUCUGGUAAUUUGAUAGCCUUAUCUUUUGAUAAUUUUUUCAGUUGAAACUGAAUACGUACAGGAUUUAUUUAAAAAAUUGUAAUCACAGAAAAAAAUAAUGACUAAAUUGUAUUUUUCUGUUUUUGUCAUAAGAGUAUUGCCUUGGAAUUCUUAGCCACUUUGAUAUUGAUCUCUGUUUAAUCUUGAGUAGUUUUGUCAAAUAUUGCAGCUUGGAAAUUGAGAGUAAUAUGUAAUAUUUUCAGGAAACAUUAAUUAGGUUUUGAAUGAUGAUGUUAUUUUGCGAGUUGUAUUCAUUUUCCAUGAUGACUCAUUCUGGACCUUUCAG